UGAAGCCACAGCUGCGUAAAGUUGGCCAAAUCUGGUGACAUUGGAAGCCUCUGUGCGUGCUGGAGCAGCCCGGAUGGAUAUGUGGCUCAACCGAGGGGAUUUGAGAAGCAAAAGAAGGGGGAUUAUUAUCGGUCCCUCUCUUUAUCACCUCAAAAUGGAUGCCGACGACAGGCUUCGGAGACGCCACUGGAUUAGCCACUCUUCCACCGAUCUGCUUGACAUCUGAGCGGCACGGGCGUUCAAAGUUUGGAUAAUCUACGGAAAAGGCUGAAGGUGUAGUAGGAUGCAGUCUGGAGUGAAGACGCUCUCCGCAGGUGGAGGUGCGUCACUCUGCUGCCUGCUGCUCCUCUGGCUCAUCUACUCCCAUCUGCUCAGGAGAGGGCCAGUUGGCGGUGGGAACCUGUGAAAUAGUGAUGCUGAACAGAGACAGCAGCGUACCCAGACGGACCAUCGCCAGGCAGACGGCCCGCUGCGCCUGCCGGAGAGGCCAGAUCGCCGGGACCACCAGGGCGAGGCCGGCCUGCGUGGACGCCCGGAUCGUGCGGAGCCGUCAGUGGUGUGAGAUGGCUCCGUGCCUGGAGGGGGAGGUCUGCAGCCUCCUGUUCAACCGAUCCGGCUGGACCUGCACCAGGGGCAGCGGUCGCAUCAAGACCGUCACGCCUUUGCCUAAGGAGCCGUCGUAGGACGCAGAGGAAAACAGCAAGUUCAUUAACAUUCAUGUUCCAGAAGGAUCCGAGGCCAGUCACCACACCCCAACAUCGUGUCCACUCCCAAACUUCAACAU